GCAAACCCCCGCCGACGAAGCUCCCGCCUCCGGGGAGGAGCGGCGGCGGCGGGACGUGUGCCGUGCCAGCGGCGGGUCUCCCGCCGAAGCGAAACGCUCGACGCAGCUCGUACGACUCUUAGCGGUGGAUCACUCGGCUCGACACAUUGAUCAUCGACACUUCGAACGCACUUGCGGCCCCGGGUUCCUCCCGGGGCUACGCCUGUCUGAGCGUCGCUUGCCGAUCAAUCGCCCCUCCGGGGUGCGCGCUGGGGGCUGUCCUCGCAGGGCCCGCCGGGCCCUCCGUCCCCCUAAGUGCAGACACGGGCGUCCCCCCGAAGGCUCUGUGGCCGCGGGGGAGAUUGCCGCCCGCGAGAAGGGAGAAGGGGACCGCGAGCUCGCGCCGAGGCCCCUGGCCCGCCGGGCCUUCUGGGGUCGGUCCUCCCCCCCCCCCGGGAGCGCCUCCUCGCGCCGCAAGCGGCCUCUGGGUGUUGCCGCCGUCGGGGGGGGGUCGGGGGUCGGGGACGGUCUCGCGCCACGGGGUGGCGGGGGCCCCGCGGGGGUGGCGGGGGUGGGGGUCGCGUCUUCCGGUCCGCCCGGCCGGCGCCCCCCUCUCCCCCACGCCCGCGGUGCCUCCCCCGGCCGCCGUGCGUCCGCGGCCCGUGCCCGCUUCCCGGCCACGCCCCCCGCGGCUCUCGCCCCGUCGGGCGGGCGGUUCGCGCCCGAGGCCGGGUCCGCGUGCGCGUCCGCGCCCCGGGGACGCGUGCCUCGGCGGCGACCCGCGGGACGCCGCGGCGUCUGCCCGCCGCUGCGCGCUCUCCCCCCGGGCUGCGGCCGUGCCGCGGUUCGCGCCCCGGAGCUCCCGCCGCGGGGCGGGGCGGGGGCGGGGGCCGGGGGAGAUAGGGGGCCGCGCGGUGCGUCCGUCGCCCGUUCGGGCUUCGGUGCCCGCGCGUGCCCCGACCCUCUCCCCCGCGUCCACCUCUCCGCCGUCCCGCGCCCCGUCCGUCCCGUGGCAGCCGUCCGCCCGGAGGAUUCAACCCGGCGGCGGGCCCGGCCGUGCCGGCGGCCCGGCGGAUCUUUCCCGCUCCCCGUGCCUCCCGACCCCUCCACCCGCCCUCCCUCCGCCCCUCGCCGCUCUCCCCCGUCCGCCUCCGGGCGGGCGGCGGGCGGCGGCGGGGGGUCGCGGGGGUGGGCGGGCGGGGCCGGGGGUGGGGCCGGCGGGGGACCGCCCCCCGGCCGGCGACCGGGCGCCGCCGGGCGCAUUUCCACCGCGGCGGUGCGCCGCGACCGGCUCCGGGACGGCUGGGAAGGCCCGGCGGGGAAGGUGGCUCGGGGGGCCCCGCCGCCGUCUCGCGGCGGCGGCGGGCCCGCCCUCCCCGGGUGUUACAGCCCCGCCGGCAGCAGCGCUCGCCGAAUCCCGGGGCCGAGGGAGCCAGCCCUCGUCGCCGCGCUCUCCCCCCUCCCGGCGCUCCCCCCCCCCCCGCGGGGGUCCCGCUCCCGCGAGGGGGGCGUCCCCCGCGGGGGGGCGCGCCGGGGUCUCUUCCCGGGGGGGGCCGGGCCGCCCCUCCCACGGCGGCGCGAACCGCUCUCCGCCACCCCGGCCCGCCUCCCCCCCUUCGCGGGGCGGGGGUGGGGUCGGGGCGGGGCGGACUGUCCCCAGUGCGCCCCGGGCGGGUCGCGCCGUCGGGCCCGGGGGGUCGCGUCUCGGGGAGAACCGCAGGAACGCCGAGCGAGCGCACGGGUCCGCGGCGAUGUCCCUCGCCCGCGCCGGACCGGCUCACGUGCGCGAUCAGCUCGCCGACCGCCGUCCUGGGUGAGCCGCCCUCACCGGCGCCGAGGUUCGCCGAGCCCUCCGCCCGAGCCCGCCGUCGACCGCCCGCAUCGCCGCGGACCCCGUGCGCUCGCUCGCGUUCCUGCGGUUCUCCCCGAGACGCGACCCCCCGGGCCCGACGGCGCGACCCGCCCGGGCGCACUGGGGACAGUCCGCCCCGCCCCGACCCCACCCCCGCCCCCGCGAAGGGGGGGGAGGCGGGCCGGGGUGGGAGAGCGGUCGCGCCGUGGGAGGGGCGGCCCGGCCCCCGGGAAGAGACCCCGGCGCGCCCCCCCGCGGGGGACGCCCCCUCGCGGGAGCGGGACCCCCGCGGGGGGGGGAGCGCCGGGAGGGGGGAGAGCGCGGCGACGAGGGCUGGCUCCCUCGGCCCCGGGAUUCGGCGAGCGCUGCUGCCGGCGGGGCUGUAACACCCGGGGAGGGCGGGCCCGCCGCCGCCGCGAGACGGCGGCGGGGCCCCCCCGAGCCACCUUCCCCGCCGGGCCUUCCCAGCCGUCCCGGAGCCGGUCGCGGCGCACCGCCGCGGUGGAAAUGCGCCCGGCGGCGCCCGGUCGCCGGCCGGGGGGCGGUCCCCCGCCGGCCCCACCCCCGGCCCCGCCCGCCCACCCCCGCGACCCCCCGCCGCCGCCCGCCGCCCGCCCGGAGGCGGACGGGGAGAGCGGCGAGGGGCGGAGGGAGGGCGGGUGGAGGGGUCGGGAGGCACGGGGAGCGGGAAAGAUCCGCCGGGCCGCCGGCACGGCCGGGCCCGCCGCCGGGUUGAAUCCUCCGGGCGGACUCCUUAGAUGGAGUUUACCACCCGCUUUGGGCUGCAUUCCCAAGCAACCCGACUCCGGGAAGACCCGGGCCCGGCGCGCCGGGGGCCGCUACCGGCCUCACACCGUCCACGGGCUGGGCCUCGAUCAGAAGGACUUGGGCCCCCCACGAGCGGCGCCGGGGAGUGGGUCUUCCCGGGUCGCCACGUCUGAUCUGAGGUCGCGUCUCGGAGGGCCCGAGGGAGGGGGCGAGGGAGCCCGCGAGGAGGGGCCCGAGAAGGGGGAGACGCGGAGGCCCGCGGCCGACCGCCCCGGGCCCCCCGCUUCCCCGCGCACACGCGGCACCCCGACCGACCGACCCCCCCCCCGCCCCGACUACCCGUCGCCCCUCCGGGAGGAGGAGGCGGCGGCGUCGGCGGCGGCGGCGGCGGCCGGCGGCGGGCGGAGAGGGAGGGGCCGAGGCGGGGCGGGGAGCACGAGCCGGCUGCCACGGGACGGACGGGGCGCGGGACGGCGGAGAGCUGGACGCGGGGGAGAGGGUCGGGGCACGCGCGGGCGCCGAAGCCCGAACGGGCGACGGACGCACCGCGCGGCCCCUAUCUCCCCCGGCCCCCGCCACCGCCCCCGCCCUCGCGGCGGGAGCUCCGGGGCGCGAACCGCGGCACGGCCGCAGCCCGGGGGGAGAGCGCGCAGCGGCGGGCAGACGCCGCGGCGUCCCGCGGGUCGCCGCCGAGGCACGCGUCCCCGGGGCGCGGACGCGCACGCGGACCCGGCCUCGGGCGCGAACCGCCCGUCCCGACGGGGCGAGAGCCGCGGGGGGGCGUGGCCGGGAAGCGGGCACGGGCCGCGGACGCACGGCGGCCGGGGGAGGCACCGCGGGCGUGGGGGAGGGGGGGGCGCCGGCCGGGCGGACCGGAAGACGCGACCCCCACCCCCGCCACCCCCGCGGGGCCCCCGCCACCCCGUGGCGCGAGACCGUCCCCGACCCCCGACCCCCCCCCCGGGGGCGGCAACACCCAGAGGCCGCUUGCGGCGCGAGGAGGCGCUCCCAGAGGGGGGAAGGCCGACCCCAGAAGGCCCGGCGGGCCAGGGGCCUCGGCGCGAGCUCGCGGUCCCCUUCUCCCUGCUCGCGGGCGGCAGUCUCCCCCGCGGCCGCAGAGCCUUCGGGGGGACGCCGUGUCUGCACUUAGGGGGACGGAGGGCCCGGCGGGCCCUGCGAGGACAGCCCCCAGCCGCGCACCCCGGAGGGGCGAUUGAUCGGCAAGCGACGCUCAGACAGGCGUAG